GCAGUCAGGCGGAAAAGGACAGGCAAGUAAGAAAGUGAGUAGCGAGGGUUCACCAUUUGGCUUCCUAGGCGCAGUCAGCAGAGAAGAAGAAGAAGAGGAACAGAGAAGAAGCGAGCAGAACACACCAUGGCCAGCACCAAAGUCCAGCGGAUCAUGACCCAGCCCAUCAAUCUGAUUUUCAGAUUUCUCCAAAGCAAAGCUCGCAUUCAGAUUUGGCUUUUCGAACAGAAGGAUUUGAGAAUCGAAGGACGUAUCAUUGGGUUUGAUGAGUAUAUGAAUUUGGUUUUGGAUGAUGCUGAAGAAGUCAACAUUAAGAAGAAAAGUAGAAAGUCACUAGGGAGGAUCCUGCUAAAAGGGGACAACAUAACUUUGAUGAUGAAUGCGGGAAAGUAAGGAACAAGUUCGAGGCCACAGUGCAAUUUGGUUCUCCUUGCAGCUAUUACUAUAAUGAAUAUGCUGCUCUAUUGUAGUAGUUUAAAUGGUGUAUCCUCUGUUGCAGUAGAUUUUAUGACAGUGGAAAUGCAUUUUAUGCAUAACCAAACUGCAAACCUUUUGUAUUGUAUCAUAGCAAGAACAGCUUGAUGCCUUACAAUUAUUUAGAUCUGUUGAGAUUUCAGCAUCUGCAUCUAUGUCCAACUUGAUACCUACUAAGUAGUUUUUCUUUUCA